AUGUCUCCGUCGUCUUGCCGCACAAAGUCCAAGACGGGCUGCCGGACCUGCAAAGUCCGCAAGAUCAAAUGUGACGAGCUGAUGCCCGAGUGCAGGCGCUGUACGUCGACGGGACGAAAAUGCGACGGCUACGGCAUUUGGGGAGGAGGUGAUGGUUGGAGUAUCAACAAAUACCACCCUCAACGCCAUCGGUCCCAAUCCUCCUCCUUGUCCUCGAGGGGUGCUCUCGCAGAAUAUCGUGCUAACCCCACCCGCGCCUCCCCCAGGACCUUCUGCGUCUAUCCUGCCAGCGCCCUGGACGCGGAUGAAAAGGCUCAUCUAGAGUGGUUCUGGUGUCGCACCUCCAGGAAGAUCCAGGGCGCUUUUUUCUCCGACGCUGCCACCACCGUCUUGCUGCAGGCGAGUGCGUCCGAUUUGGCUGUCACCCAUGCCAUGCUGGCUCUGUGUUCGGUCCACAAGCGUGCCGAUAUGUCCAUCCUCGUCAAGCACGAGGAGAGUUUCGCCUUGGUCCAGUACAACAAGGCCAUCAAAUACCUGCAGCCCAAGCUCAUGGCCCACGACCGCACGUCGCUCCGCCUCUGUCUCCUCGCGUGCGUCGCCUUCAUCCACCUGGAGUUCUUCCGCUGCCAUUACCAGAUGGCCCGGAGCCAUCUGGAGCACGGACUGAGAAUGCUGGACUGCCUCCGAGCUCUCUCCAAUGCAGCCAGUAGUGGUGAGGGUCUUGACGGCAAGCAGAGCCGCCACUUUGUCGACGUGUGGAUCGUACGGAAUCUCCGCAGUCUGUACCUGCAGUCGACACUGUUCGGACAGCAACCGCACCGUCCCUGGGCCGUAGUCGACCACUUGCAGCGAAUCUCCGCUGUCGGCACCUUCUCCUCGGCGCACCACGCGCGGGAGUACCUGGAGAAUCUGCUGCUCCGGAUCUGCCGCAUGACCGACACGCCCUCGAGGCCAUCCCCGACGCAGACCGAUGGCAGAGCAUGUCCAACCCCUUCUAGUCGGCCGAGGGACAUAGACUGGGACCUCCAGUCGUGGAAGGCGGUGUUUGACCAGACGUGGGCCACGUCGCGCUCCACCAUCAACGGGCUCGAGGCGUUUGCGUACCGGCUACUGCUUGUUUACCACACCAUGGCUGAGAUCAUGGUCGACACGAUGUGCGGGACGGCGGAGUCGCGGUUCGACCGGCACACGGCGCGCUUCGUGUCCAUGCUCGAGCAGAUCCUGGGCCUCCGCGACACGGCGUCGAGGAGCCAAGUACGCCAGCGGUUCUUUGGGUCCGAACAUGGGCUGUCGCACUCGAUCGCCGACAUGGGCCUGAUGGCGCCGCUGUUCUACGUCGCCGUCAAAUGCCGCGUGCGCUGCCUCCGGCUCCAGGCCAUCCGACUGAUUGCCGAAAUCCCGCGCAAGGAGGGCAUCUGGGACGCCACCCUCGUCGCCCGGAUCGCAGCGCAGGUCGUGGCCGUGGAAGAAGCUAACGUGUGCAGUAGCAGCAGCCCCGAUGUAUCCGUGUUCGACCAUGACCUCCUCCCCCUCCCCGAUGCUCAUCUCUCGGAGCCAUUCCAAAUCCUCCCAAUCAGCCAGCUGCCGCUUCCCUCGGCGUCACGGCGUGUGGAGGCCAUUCAGGUCCUGCUCCCAGAUGGUCCGUGGGACCCCGUCAUCUUGAAAUGCAGCUAUCAGGACCACGCCCCGUGUGACACGUACCUCAUUGAUUGGCAUGGGAGACUGGGACCUGAGAUCUGA